UGAAGCCUUUCCUCCUCCUUCUGCUCUCCUUGCACGACGGAGGUUACGGGGAGGAGGGUCUGGUUGAAAAUGCUUUCUACUAGGGCGCUUGGUUGUGCUGUGGAAGUGCUUUGUUUGUAGUGUAACUGGUUGAGCCUUACAGUCUCUCGCUUUGUGACCUGGGCGCCGAGUUGGAGCGAAACGAAGGCAAAAAGGGGGAGAAAGCGGGCUUGGAGGCCUGCUUGUGACAGAAACAAGCAGUGGAUUCCUUCGUUAUUGGGUAGUGCUGAUUAAAAUGAGCGCAUUUACUAGCUGAAGUCCCACGAACAACGGGGAAGGAGAAAGGUUGCUUAUUCAUGCCCUGCCAGUUGGCGUAUGGCUUUGUUUAGAGAGCGUUCAGCUUUGAGCAUUGCUUGUUGUGAGCAUGAUAUUUACUUUACUAACUUUCCCGGAAAGCAUGCAAUUGCUGUCACAGCUAUGGCUUUUGGGUAUGUUUGUGCGGUUGUGUGAAGACACCCUGUCGUGAUCUUAAAAGCUGUAUUAUUAUUUUAUAAUGAUCCUAUAAAUCAGCAGGGUUGUUUCUUACCAAAGGAUAUAUACUUAGUAUGUCAGCUGGGCCUUAUUAUAGCAGAGGGUGGAUCUUCCACCCACUGUUAUCUUCCUCAAAAUAUUCCCUGCACUGUGAGGUUUUCUUUUCUCUGGCUGUGCUGCACACAUCAUUCAGUGGUGAAUUAUUCCUGGCAUGUCGGUGUUUGAGGAUGUUUGGCAUGUUUCCUGCUCCCUUCCCCCCCCCCCCCCCUUUUUUUUUUUUGGUUGGAAGUGAGGAGUGUCUUCAAAUGAGCAGCUUUGCUGCAUCACAUCUGUUCUUACCCUCUAAAACGUGAAUACUAAACCAACUGCCUUGUGAUCUGUGAAGAACAGGGAUAUAUACUGUGGUGGGGUGCUACAGCUCCUUUCUCGUGUUGCAAUCUAGUUUUUAAAAGGGACCAAGAACUUUAAUGCCUUAACUUACACUUAGGAAAGUGCUUUUUAAAAUGUUUAUGUUCUCCAAAGAUUACAGAUUCAGUUUGUUUCAGGUGCAUCAAGCUGAGCAGUGAGAAUGAUUUGACACAUUUAAAAAUUCAGAUGUAUGAAUUUAAAAUAUGUAUGUGUAUAUGCAUAUAUGCACAAGCAUGUGUGUUACUGCCUGCCUCAGAAGCUUUUAAUAUACUGGUUUUAGCAUAAGGAGGGUGACGCAGCUUGCAGAUGUAGUUUGGAGCAUCUCGUGCAUUUUUAGUUCUUCCACUAAUGUCAAGGAGAAAUAACUGCCUUAACUAGAAUUGGAAAUGGAGCGUGAAGUUCUCAUUUGAAGCCUUACUGUGUUUUAUGACACAGGAAGCCACAGCUCCUACUUGCAUUAAGACUUGCAGCAGCUUUGCAUGCUGCAUCUGGAAAAAAAAAUUAAAGACAGUUGUGGCUUUAAAAGUGUGUGGUGUCUACAAAAUAAGUAAACUGAAAACAUGGCUCACCAGGCCGUUGGAAAAUAAGUAUGUUUCUGUGCCUGUGUUCUCAAACGGAAAGUGGCUAUGUGGAUUUUCACUCUUGAGUGGAAAGUGCUGCUCUGUCCCUUUGGAAUAAAGCUGCAUGUGAAUUUAUUAGUGAAAUGUCAAGGGGAUGUGGAGGGAGGGGGCAGUGGGUGUUUCAAGGGAGGUACUUUAAAGACCCUUCAAAAUAUCAAGUCGUUAAGGACAAAUUAUGGAUUUUCCAGAGCAUUCAGUGCCCAGAAGACCCCUUCAGAAAUGUAAGUUCCUACAAGAGCUGGAUGCUCCAGAAAAUCUGCCCACUAGCAUGAAUGGGAGCUGACCUCCCUUGAAAUAUGACCCUAAUGUGCAUAGGAAUUAUUGGGAGUUUGAACUCUUUGCUGUUUUAAAUCCUGUAGUAAUAGGUGUGGUUUUCUCUCCUGUUACCUUUCAUAUCAAAUCCACCUGCCUGUUACAGCAAAUUAUUCUGAGGAAAAUGAACACAAAGUAAUUGCGGUAUUUUUAGCCUUUUUAAAUGAAAUUAGCAAUUGGAAAGAAGACUAAUCUAUAGGGAGCAGACUUUCUAGGAACCUUUUUAGAAAGAUAUAUUAAGUUAAUAUUUAGCUCAUGUUGUACAAUGUCAUAGUAGUUGAUCGCAUUUAAUUGUGAAAUCUUUUCAGCUGAGAGGUAACCUCCAUUUAUAUCCUCAGGGAAUGUGAUCUCUGGAUCUUUAGGUUUGCUCUUAUUGUGAACCUGCUUAUAUCUUUGUAAUAAGGUAAUUCCCCAGGCUGAAAGAAAUGACAGACCCAGAUUACUACUGUUUCAGGUGUUGUGUGUGUGUGGUUUUUUUUUUUUCAAUACAGAAUGUGAAGUUCACUAUGGAUACGGUAGAUGUGUCAUUUAAAGGAUAAGCACAUGCAUUCACUUAAAUUUUGCUGUGUCCCACACUGUUCUUAUUCUUAGUAUAGGAAACAGAGUAACCAGCAUGCAGGGUAUCUUUCAUUAGACUUUUGUGCUGAGGACAACCAAAUACCAGAAUAUACACAACAACCAGUUUAACAACUGGACAGAGCCCUGCAGCCUGCUGCUUUUUCCCCGUGGGUGCUUUGGAGCUGGCCAGUAAGAAAAAUACAUGUUGAUGUGUAUGACUGGGGUGAUUUUUUUUUUUUUUAAAAAAAAACAAGAGCUAUGGCUAACAGAAAUAGGUGGGAUUCAUAGCAUGCUUUAAAGCACCUAACAAGAGUUCCUGGUAAGCUGUUUUCAGUGGGAAAUUGCACAGCUGAGGAGCUGCAGCUAGAAAAUUGUCUCCCUCCCUCAUCCAUCUCAGACCUGUCUCAGUCAAAGUGACCACAGCUGACUGUGUGACCACAACUGACAGGCAAGGAUAACGGGGUAAGAGAUGAACUCUCAUUGCUUAGGGCUUGGAUUACAAAAGGCUUUACUGCUAAUGCUUAGAGAUUGAAUUAGCACCAAGCUUUAGAAGCAAACUGAAAGCACCUGUUUUCUGUCUGCUCGGAAUGGUAAAAUGAACCUUGUUUUCUUGAGGAAUCUAUGGCAUUUCAGGGGUUACCUUUGGCUUUAGCUGUUGUGCUGAGAUAGUAAAUGCUGCUGCUGUAAAUUGCCUUAGUUUGAAACUCGGCAUGAUGAGUCGUAAGACCUGAUGUGUAGCAGCUUUCAUCUUCUUCUCUGUUCUUUCUCUUAUUUCUUCUUCCCAUUACAGAAAAGCUUUAGUCAGCUCCUAGCUCAAGCAGAGGAAUUCUUGAUGUCUUAUUAGUCCAGCAUGUUUAACAAAUAACCCAAGCCCUUUAUGAUUAAGGGUGACAAGGGAGCAUUACUAAAUCUUUCAGAUGUUUACUCUGAAAUAAAAACUGAUACAUACACACACACAUAUAUAUAGAAAAAUGUGUAUGUUCUUAAUAUAUGUGUGUAUAUAGCUAUCUUUUUUUACCUCCACUCUUAAGCAGAAGAACGCUGUUGUCAUUACUGAAUUCAGACUGUGUAAUUCCUUAGUCGUCUUAUUGCUUUAUUUUUCCUUCCCAUGUUGCUAUGCUCUCUGAAAGCCCUGACUUUCAUUGAGUGUAGUAGAAAAGGUAACACCUGAGUUCUGGCAAGUUAUAUCAGAUGCAUUAGGGUCUUAUCUGGCUGUUGUUGUCAGGGGCCAAGCUGUGGGUGUGUUGCUCCAUAUAAACUACUUUUUCUUGGGGGAGUUCUUGCUGCAGCUUAGGGAUGUGUGCAUGUGCGCAUAUGCAUAAUUGGUUGGGAGGAAUGUGUAUGGUUUUGCAAAAUCCUUCUUGACCUGGCUUUAUCAGAUAUGACACAGUUCUGCGUUGACCAGCAUACUAGAAAUACCCCUGUCAGUCUGCUCAGGACUGGUUUGACCACCUUUGAGAUAGUUUUUAAAGACAUCUUUAAGUAAUGGCUCCAAAUGUGACAUUAGUGGUCUAAAAGUUCAGAUUUGGAGCCAUUAGUUCCAAAACAAAAAAAAAGAAAUAGAGUUGUGUUGAGGAGGAGGUUGCUUUUUGCUUUUGAGGUAGAGUGCUUUUGUUGAAAUGAAAGAACUUGAGGCUGCUGGAUUUCAGAAUGCUUUCACCACCGUACAAAUGGAGGUCGCCAGGGCACUAAAGCACUUAGUAUCUGAGCUGUCUUGAUUCUUGUCUGUUAGUUUGCCUAAUGAUAGAAAUUCUUUUUUACUGUAGCUGCACAGGGCUGACUGAUUUGGGCAGGAAAUGCUUUUUUUUGGCUAGUUCCAUCUUCUGCUCAGAGUGGCUCAUCUCUAAAGGACCACUUGAUGAAUAUUUACUUCAUGUGCUCUCCUCUCCCUAUUUCCCUUUCCCAGGAAGGACAAAGCUACAUGACUUGCUGAAGAGAGAUAAAAUGCUAUGCUGGGGAUACUCGUCUUUUGGACAGCCUGGGAUAGGUAGCAACCUCCAGGUCAUCAUUCCUGAACCGCAGGUGUAUGGAUUCAUUCAUGACAGGAAUGUCAAGGAGGUGGCAUGUGGAGGAAACCAUUCCAUCUUCCUGCUCGAAGACGGGGAAGUAUAUACCUGCGGCUUGAACACCAAAGGCCAACUGGGGCAUGAGAGUGAAGGAAGCAAGCCAGAGCAAAUUGGAGCACUGGCAGGGCAGCACAUAGUGCAUGUGGCCUGUGGAGAAUCUCACAGUGUGGCACUCAGCGACCAGGGCCAGCUCUUCUCCUGGGGCGCGGGCAGCGAUGGACAGUUGGGCCUCACUACUGUAGAAGACGCAGUGACAGUACCAAGGUUGAUAAAGAAAUUGAACCAGCAGACUAUACUGCAGGUUUCCUGUGGAAAUUGGCAUUGCCUGGCUUUGGCAGCAGAUGGCCAGUUCUUCACGUGGGGGCAGAACAGCUAUGGUCAGCUGGGCUUGGGUAAAGAAUGUCCUUCCCAAGCCAGCCCACAGCGUGUCAAAUCUCUUGAUGGGAUCCCUUUGGCUCAGGUUGCUGCAGGCGGAGCCCACAGCUUUGCCCUUUCUCUCUCAGGAGCUGUGUUUGGCUGGGGGAAGAACAGCUCAGGGCAGCUGGGAUUAAGUGAUGAACGAGACCGAGAAUCCCCUUGCCAUGUUAAGCUGUUGCGGUCUCAGAAGGUUGUUUACAUCAGCUGUGGAGAAGAACACACAGCAGUUCUGACAAAGAGUGGAGGGGUGUUCACGUUCGGUGCAGGUUCCUGCGGGCAGCUGGGACAUGACUCCAUGAACGACGAAGUGAACCCCCGAAGAGUUCUUGAGCUAAUGGGCAGCGAAGUAUCCCAGAUCGCUUGUGGCAGACAUCACACUUUAGCCUUUGUGCCUUCUUCAGGAAUGAUCUAUGCAUUUGGCUGUGGAACAAGAGGCCAGCUAGGAACUGGGCACACAUGCAAUGUUAAGUGUCCCUCUCCUGUGAAGGGUCACUGGGCAGCUCACAAUGGGCAACUCUCAGGGAAACCUGAUGCUUGUAAAUAUCACAUUGUUAAACAUAUCUUCUCUGGAGGAGACCAAACGUUUGUGCUUUGCUCCAAAUAUGAGAAUUCCUUGCCUGCUGAUGAUUUCCGGACCAUAAAUGAAACACGUUACACCUGUUUAAUAAACGAUGAAACUAUAGAUGUCUGGAGGCAAAAGCUUUUAGAAAAAAACAGUUCUAAUUCUGUCAAUAAUGUAGUUCAGAUACUGUCCUCGGCCGCCUGCUGGAAUGGAAGCUUCCUGGAGAAGAAAAUCGAUGAACAUUUUAAGACCAGUCCCAAGAUCCCGGGGAUUGAUUUGAACUCCACUAGAGUGCUGUUUGAGAAGCUGAUGAACUCUCAGCACUCCAUUCUCCUAGACCAGAUAUUAAAGAGCUUUGAAAGCUUUUUGAUUCCUCAGCUGUCCAGCUCACCACCAGAUGUUGAGGCAAUGAGGAUCUAUUUAAUUCUACCUGAAUUCCCACUCUUCCAAGACUCAAAGUAUUAUAUAACGCUAACACUUCCUCUAGCAAUGGCUAUUUUGCGCCUGGACACCAACCCCAGCAAAGUUCUUGAUAACUGGUGGUCUCAAGUGUGCCCAAGGUAUUUCCUGAGACUAGUGGACCUCUAUAAAGGGGCAGUGGUAUACCUCCUCAGUGGAAGAAAGACGCUGUUGAUCCCGGUCCUAUUCAGUAGCUACAUUACAGCUGCUCUCAGACUUCUGGAGAAACUCCACAAGGUAAAUCAGAAGGUUAAACACGUAGAAUACGAUAAGUUUUAUAUCCCUGAGAUUUCCAGCUUGGUGGACAUUCAGGAGGAUUAUCUCAUGUGGUUCUUGCAUCAGGCUGGAAUGAAAGUGAGACCAUCUAUCAUGCAGGACACUGUGACACUCUGUUCUUAUCCUUUCAUCUUCGAUGCUCAGGCUAAGACGAAGAUGUUACAAACAGAUGCCGAACUACAGAUGCAGGUGGCAAUAAAUGGUGCAAAUUUGCAGAAUGUCUUCAUGCUUCUCACCCUGGAGCCUCUGCUGGUCAGAAGCCCUUUCCUGGUACUUCAUGUCCGCAGGAGUAACUUGGUCGGUGAUGCUUUGAGGGAGUUGAGCAUCCAUUCAGACAUUGAUUUGAAAAAGCCUCUUAAAGUCAUCUUUGAUGGUGAGGAAGCUGUUGACGCUGGAGGAGUGACAAAGGAAUUUUUCCUGCUGCUGUUAAAAGAACUCCUCAACCCCAUCUAUGGCAUGUUCACUUACUACCCAGAGUCAAACCUGCUGUGGUUUUCAGACACGUGUUUUGUAGAACACAACUGGUUUCACUUGAUUGGCAUCAUAUGCGGUCUUGCAAUAUACAACUUCACCGUGGUAGACCUUCACUUUCCCUUGGCUCUGUACAAAAAGCUCUUGAAUGUGAAGCCGUGCCUAGAGGAUUUGAAGGAGCUGUCCCCUACAGAAGGAAGGAGUCUUCAGCAGCUUUUAGAUUACCCUGGGGAAGAUGUAGAAGAGACGUUCUGCUUGAAUUUUACAAUCUGCAGGGAAAGCUAUGGUGUAACAGAGCAAAAGAACCUGAUUGAAGAUGGAGACAAAAUUCUGGUGCAGAAGAAUAAUAAGGAAGAAUUUGUUGAAGCCUAUGUGAAUUAUAUCUUCAACCUCUCCAUCCAUGAGUGGUACACAGCCUUUUCCACUGGCUUCCUGAAAGUGUGUGGUGGGAAAGUCCUGGAACUCUUCCAGCCCACAGAGCUCAGGGCCAUGAUAGUUGGAAACAGUAACUACAACUGGGAGGAACUGGAGGAGAGUGCUGUCUAUAAAGGAGACUACACUGCAACACACCCAACUGUGAGAAUGUUUUGGGAAACCUUUCACGCAUUUCCCCUGGACAAGAAGAAGAAAUUUCUCUUGUUUCUGACGGGCAGUGACCGCAUCCCCAUCUAUGGCAUGUCAAGCCUGCGCAUCGUCAUCCAGUCCACUGCCAGCGACGAGCAGUACCUGCCCGUGGCUCACACCUGCUAUAACCUCCUGGACCUGCCCAAGUACAGCAGCAAGGAGAUCCUCAGCGCCCGGCUCAUUCAAGCCAUCGAUCACUACGAGGGCUUUAGCUUAGCUUGACCGGUAGGGAAGAGGCACAGACACUUGGGUACGGAGGAAGAAGAUAGUGGGUUUGGCUUUAUUUUUGUAAGGGAAUGGAUGAGAACAUUUUGGGGGAAAAAUAUAAUUAAUAGUAAUAAUAGAUACAGAUGAUGCAGAGUCUCAGCCUGAUGCUGUCAGCAUUUUCUGGGACUUCAGCAGGGAGAGACUCUUGCUUUGAAUUUUUUCUAAUCCACUGAGCGAAAUCAGUUCAGUGGCAUUUUUUGUUGUUUCCCCUCUCACCUCACACCGCUGCCCUCCCAGCAACUCCUUGUAGUUUGCUUUUACUGCCCCUGCACACACAGACUUACCUCUCCUUUUAGUCCAGUUUAAAUAUGUUGAUGUUCUUUGCAUUUUAGGUUACGGUGGAAAUUCAGGAUGAGGUAGUGAUCUUAUUGAAAAGCUGUGAAUUUCCCCACCCUUUUUUCUUCCCUUUUUAAUGCAAGCUGGUUCUUGCUUGCUUUGAAUGGAUAUGUCCCCUCUGCCCCUUAGGCUGUGGCAGAUGGGUACUGGGCUGGGAUGUCAUUUCUGACCUCCCAGUACAGUAUGUUUGUUAUGGUACGUGCUCUGCCUUCUUGCACCAGGCUGUCUCACGGUGAGUACAGUGGUUUGGGGGUUGACUUGUUUUUCUUCCUUUGUCUCAAAUUUUGUUCCCAAGCAAUAUCUUCUUAAAAAAGCCUCAGACUCCUCUGGAGCGGGGGUUGUGUCCAGGCUUUUGGAAGAACAAACCGUACCUAUAAUAAUGGGUUUCUUAAAUUGCUUCUCUCUUGUAUUGUGUUUCUAUGUUGGUAAGUCUACAAGAUAGACAGGGUGGGCUUGACUGGGUCCUGUUUUUCCAUCUGAACAGACGUGCUGUUCCCAUACAAGGUGAGGUGUCUGCUUUUACUACUGCCGGCCUUUUUCCAGAAGUUGUGUGUGUGUGUGUGUGUGUGUGUGCGUGUGUGCAUGCAUGUUUGCCAGCUCUCCAAUCUCAUGAGGUCAGAGAAGAAGAAAUGAGCAUGAAACCUGCAUUCAACAUAUUAACCUUCUCUUUGGAGGUUGGUUUUAUUUUUGCAGUUGGGAUUAUUUUAUUUUCUGGGGUUUAAGGUGUUUGAGGGGAGCCCUUUCACUUGUCAGCUCUUUUGCCCAGUAAGUGCUCGAGGCCCCUAAAGGACAAUCUGUGUGAAUUAGAUUGGAAACGUACAUUAAGAGUUAAGUAGGCAAAAGCAUGAACUAAAUAUAUCCUGUAAGACUGGAGAGCCUUUAUCCUCUUUACCCCAAUCCCCCCCCCAUUAAAUGAAGUUUGAAUGAUCCCCCAUUUUUCAAGUCUUGGAAUAAAUCUUAUUUUAAUCCUAUGGUGGUUUUUGGAAUGGACUUGUUAUUAGGACAUACGGUAUUUAUGCACCACGUUCAAUAUAUGAUAUUGAACUUUGCACCUCGUAACAAAAGGUUUUCGGCUUCUGGGUUUUUUUUUAAGAUAAGCUAGUGGCUACACUGAGAGCCCUUCAGCAAAUAUACGAUUAUAUCAAAUGUUUAUUUUCUAUGUGUGUGUACAUAGUUCAGUAUUAUGCAAUAAAUUUGAUGUCUGAUUCGGA